AUGAGCUAUUCCCGCGCAUUUGAGCGGACGAUGCUGAAGCGUGAACUGGAUGGGGAAAAGGGGCGGACAAUUGCCCCUCCAAACGGGGCUCAGGGAGAGAGAAACAAUUACAUAGGCUUUCUGGAAGGCCAGCUCGACAAGAUAGCAGCGACAAGCGAAUUCACUAAGCUUCUCUCUGAUAAGAUUGAAAACUUGCAUACGACAUUGACCAUUCACGAGGAGAGGCUACUGAAUCAGGCCCGACUAUUGAACCUGACGCAAGAAGCCAUAGAUCAAGGGAAUCAGCAGCACGGAAAGACUAUAACCUUACUAAAGGACCAGCUCAGUAUGCUGGACGCUCAAUUGAAGAACUUGCAGGAUCAGGUCUGCGCGACAUCCUUGUCCAUUGCAAAGUGUGCUUCAAACUCGGCUACGGCCCCCGUUCACGAGGGUGUUAGUGAAGAAACAUAUAAGGGAGUCCUAGCAAAAAUGCAUGAGAUUCAGGAUGUGCAGAAGCAACACGCUAGACAGCUCAGCCUACUAUGCGCUGAGAAUGAGGAUGGCCUCACCCUUGCGAAAGUCAAGGGUCAACUAGAUUCACUUGACACAUAUGUCCAGAAGUCCAUUGCGGACUUGAAGGCGACAACUGUAAAGCCUUCCCAAAUAGAAAGCACAGUUUUGGGAAUGAUUCCUGAGUUGAAAGCAUCUAUCCUCGCCGCAUGUGAAGCAGAACUGACGAGCAAGCUCACACACGAGAUUUCAGCCCAGAUCUCGAAGUCUGCAAAAUCCUUGACAGACAAUCUUCUGUUGGCAAUCCUUCCUGAGGUGAAAACACACGUCAAAGAUUCCAUUAAGCACAUACAAGCUGAAGUUCGGCAAGAAACGAUGGCGCUAAGCUCCGCACUCAACAACUUGAACGAGGACAUGAAUCAGAACCGAAGGCGAGUGAGCUCUACGCAGGGAGAGGUUGAGACGCUGGUCACGGUCAUGGAGGAAAUUCGGAAGCAGAUCCGUCUGAUGGAGCGGGGAGAGAUAACAGAGCGAGCGCGGGCAAUUCUGCAGUCCAAUUCACCUAGACGCACGGGAGAGUCAUCCCCGCGGAUACGACGGUCCACGACCGGCGAACCAGGCGAAGACUGUACACUUCGCAACGGAAUCUGGACAGACCAAAAGCGCAUUUACACAACUUUCCGUCCUCUAGAUGAUAGGCAAUACGUACCGAUUGCAGUGCCCACACGAGGCUCUCCCAGUCCACCCCGUGAUCUAGCUAAUCGGUUCGACCCAGAGAAAAUGCAGAGGAGAAUCAAGUAUCUGCUCACAAACAGUCCACAAAGUCACGCUGGAGACCUGAGCAUUGGAUCUGCCUCUAGUUCUGACCAUGAGUCUAAUAGGCAACCCCAACACCAAAAGCGAGAGAGGAGUGGAGGAGAGGGGAAUGGAGACCACACAUCACAUGAUAUUGCACGUAAAGUGUCCAGAAAUGCACGCUCUUCGAGUGCAGACGGUAGCCUCAGAGAAGGUGUGGGCCUGAACGUAAUGACCAAAGAGCUUCGUAACUCUGGUAAGCUGUAUAGUUCUAGCUCAGCCGUGGAUGGAGUUGGGAAGCGUGUGUCCACAGCCACGAGUGCUCACACAAAGGGGACAUCUUCCAAGAGCCGAGGCUCGUGCGACGGUCAGAGGGUUUUCACUAAGUCAUCAGCAGGACAGAUAACCGCCAGGUCCAAGCGGUAA